AAUAGGUUGACUUUUUCCACAUCAUCUCAUUUGCUCCGUUUUCAUCAUUUCCACACCAAAAUUCUAAAUUUGAGAAGAAAAAGUUUCAGGAAAAAUGUCAGGGGGGGAAGAAGUGUUUAUUGGUUCAAUAGAUCAAGGCACAACCAGCACAAGAUUCAUAAUCUAUGAUCGCUCUGCUAAAUCGGUUGGAUCUCACCAAGUUGAAUUCACUCAGUUCUAUCCACAAUCAGGAUGGGUGGAGCAUGAUCCAAUGGAGAUUCUUGAGAGUGUGAGAGUAUGUGUUGCAAAAGCUGUUGACAAAGCCACUGCUGCUGGGCACAAUGUUGAUAGCGGAUUGAAAGCAAUUGGAUUGACCAAUCAGAGAGAGACAUCUGUGGUUUGGAGCAAAUCCUCUGGUUUGCCUCUUCACAAUGCUAUUGUUUGGAUGGAUGCCCGAACCACUUCCAUCUGCAGAAAAUUGGAAAAGGAGUUAUCUGGUGGUAGAACUCAUUUUGUUGAGCAAUGUGGUUUGCCAAUAAGCACAUAUUUCAGUGCACUAAAGCUGUUAUGGCUCUUGGAAAACGUUGAUUCUGUGAAGGGGGCCAUGAAGAAAGGAGACUUGUUGUUUGGAACAAUCGACACUUGGUUGAUUUGGAACUUGACCGGAGGGAAAGAAGGCGGUCUGCACAUCACUGAUGUCUCUAAUGCCUCGAGAACUAUGUUGAUGAACUUGAAAACACUUGAAUGGGAUGAGAAGAUUCUGAAUACUCUCGGGAUUCCUUCAGAAAUCUUACCUAAUAUCGUCAGUAAUGCUGAGGUAAUAGGUAAUAUAGGCAAAGGAUGGCCUAUUGCAGGGAUCCCAAUUGCUGGAUGCCUCGGUGACCAGCAUGCAGCGAUGGUGGGACAAGCUUGUCGUAAAGGUGAAGCUAAGAGCACGUAUGGGACGGGGGCGUUCAUACUGUUGAACACUGGUGAAGAGAUCAUACAAUCGAAUCAUGGCCUGUUGAGCACUCUUUCUUACAAGCUUGGGCCUAAAGCCCCGACCAAUUAUGCUUUGGAGGGAUCGAUAGCCAUUGCUGGUGCUGCCGUUCAGUGGCUGAGAGACAGCCUCGGCAUCAUCAAGAGUGCUGGUGAGAUUGAGGAGUUGGCGAUGCAGGUUGAAUCGUCUGGAGGGGUUUAUUUCGUGCCAGCUUUUAAUGGACUCUUUGCCCCUUGGUGGCGCGAUGAUGCCAGAGGAGUUUGCAUUGGCAUCACAAGGUUUACUAACAAAUCCCACAUUGCUCGUGCUGUGCUCGAGAGCAUGUGUUUUCAGGUGAAGGAUGUGUUGGACUCGAUGCACAAGGAUGCACACGAGAAGGGAGAGGUCAAGAAAGAGAAGGGGGAGUUUUUGCUCAGAGUUGAUGGUGGCGCCACCGUAAACAACCUACUAAUGCAAAUUCAGGCUGACUUGUUAGGCAAUCCUGUAGUCAGGCCGGCUGAUAUAGAGACAACGGCGCUUGGGGCCGCCUAUGCUGCUGGACUAGCCGUGGGGGUGUGGACGGAGGAGCAGAUAUUCUCUCCGGGGGAGAAGAUGAAGAAAGACACCACAUUCCGUCCAGUCAUAGAGGAGCAAGUGAGAAAGAAGAAGGUCGAGUCGUGGUGCAAAGCUGUUUCCAGAACCUUCGAUUUGGCCGAUCUUUCCCUUUAAGUAGAAUCUUUCUGAUGCUGGAUUCCUUAGGUUUUUCGAAGCAAUAUGUAACAAGUAAGAUUGCUGACUUGGAUUCCUUCAUUUUCCUGUUUUUGAACACAACAAAAACACAUGCAUUACUAAAGCCUACAGAAAUUUGGAUUGUGUUAAAUUGUGAAUUA